CAUUGGUUACAAUUUCAUCAUUUUCACAUUAGACUACCCUAUCUUAUGCUCUCUACCCAACUACUCUUAAAUGCUAAACCCUCUUUGUUCAUCGUAGAAAAUUCCAGAAUUCAAUCAUUCACAUCACACAACCUGCAAAUUCUAAGCUACAAUGUCGAUGUACAAACUAGCAGUGAUCAUCAGAAACCCUUCAAACGAGGAUGAAUUUCUCGUAGCAAAGCAAAUUAGGCCCCCUAAAUUCGAUAUUGAAGAGUAUGAUUCUUACAUUGAUUCCGAUCUCUGGGAUAUUCCUUCUGUUCAAUUGAGUAUUUUACACGCUGAAUCGGAAAUUCAAGUUGAAGGAGCUGAAUUGUACUCUGAUAAAGUUGAUUUGAGCAAAUUUGACCUGGCUUUGGGUUUAAAUCAGGUUUCAGACCAAGUAGGAAUUGAGAGGUUGGUUGAAGGGAGGUGGAGAUUCUGGAAAUUCGUUGAAGAGCCUGAAUUCGGACCGCGGCCGUCGAUUCAUACGGUUUUCAUUACUGGUCACUUUGCAUCUGAUGAUGAUAGUAGUUGUGAUGUGGCAUGCCAGUGGAUAUCCUGGUCUAAGUGCUCCAGUUGGCUCUCCGAGGUGACACAAGAUAGUUAUCGUAUAGGGCCCUUGGUGGUUAAUGGUCUACUACAUGACUCUGGAUACUCUAAGUGGGAUGUUCCGCGUGGUUUACAUUAUCAGGAGUAUCCUCUGGGUGUUAUACUUGUACCUAUGGGAAGUAGAACUGGGAAGCCUUUCUCCACUACCAACUUGGUAGUCAUUGCUCCACAGAUUGUCGACAAUAGAGAAAGUAAUAAAGAUUUUAUUGCUUAUGGGGAUGCAUUAAUAGUAGACCCAGGAUGCAGAUUUCAGUUCCACCAGGAGCUGGCGGAUAUUGUUACAGCUUUGCCAAGAAAGUUGGUCGUAUUUGUAACGCAUCACCAUCCUGAUCACGUGGAUGGUUUGUCAGUUAUACAAAAAUGCAAUCCUGAUGCAAUUCUCUUGGCUCAUGAAAACACAAUGCGCCGUAUUGGAAAAGAUGACUGGUCUCUUGGGUAUACAUCAGUUGCUGGGGGGGAUAUAAUUUAUGUUGGAGGCCAGCGACUUCAGGCUAUUUUUGCUCCGGGCCACACGGAUGGUCAUAUGGCAUUGCUUCAUAUCAAUACUCAUACACUGAUUGUUGGUGAUCACUGUGUUGGGCAAGGUAGUGCAGUUCUGGAUGCUUUUUCUGGUGGAAAUAUGGGAGACUACUUCCAUACAACGUACAAGUUCUUGGAGCUUUCCCCAAAUACUUUAAUUCCUAUGCAUGGGAGAGUCAACCUAUGGCCAAAACACAUGCUUUGUCGUUAUCUCAAGAAUCGCAGAGAUAGAGAAUCGUCAAUCUUGAAGACCAUAGAAAAUGGUGGGACUACAUUAUUUGAUUUAGUUUCCACCAUUUAUAAAGAAGUUGAUCGUGGCCUGUGGUUUGUUGCUGCAUCAAAUGUUAAGCUCCAUGUCGAGCAUCUAGCUCAACAGCACAAACUACCUGAGGCCAUGUCCUUGACAAGAUUCCAUGGAACUUGUGGCUUACAUUUCACAAUCAACUGCAUAUGUGCAUACACAAGCGAUUGGAUAUCAUCAAAGAUUAUGAAGAUUAGACGGCCUAAACUCAUUGUACCGGUAGUUGUGGCUUGCUUUGCUGCAUUAUAUUGUGUAAAAAACAUGACUACAUAAAAAGCAUUAGAUAACUUACGCCAUCGCUAUGAAUCCUUGGUGAUAUAGAUUGUCAGGUUGAACAAACAAUAUAACUAUCUUAUGUUACCAUUGUCAUCUGAUCGUUUCUAGCCACCCUCAUAAUAUUUCUGAAUGAACUAGAACUUGUAAUACUCCAGAAAUUUGGACAUGACAUGCUUGUUCUCUGAAAAUUUGGCUGGUCGGUGAGUGAUGACAUUUUCAGUUUGUUUUUCGA